ACAGUGCAGAAUAGCACUGUACUGUGUAUUGUACCACAGCAUGAGUACACAUGUUGUGUGGGUAAAGGUUAUCAAAACUGUCUAGUGUUGGAUAUUGUGAUAAAGAAUGAAUAGAGGGUGGGAAUGACUGGAGAACAUGGCAGACUCCAUACAGGAAGCUGAGUCCCUACAAACUACUAAGAGUAUAAAUGAGAUAUACAGUCAGGCUGCACUGAUAGUACUGAUAGGCUACAUAUGGUACUACUGUAGAAUGAAGAGCUACUAUACCAAGAGAGAGACAGUUAGACUAGCACUGGAGACCAGCUCAGAGCAGCUGCUAAGAACCAGUGACGGUAGGAUAUACAAGGACUCUGUCCUACGCCAUGCCAUUGAGGUAUUCACUGACAGUACAAGAAACCCUGAGACAAUAACUAGACUAUGGAUUAAGAACCCUCCCUGCAGGAGGUGCUGCAGCUGUCUAGUGAAGCUAUACCCCAUAGGGAAGCCGACGGUAUAUAUAGGAAUGAACAGUGAUAAUAAUGACAGCUGGGCUGAUAAGGAAGGAUUGAAGCUGCUCAUUAAAAAUGGAUUUAAAUUGAAAGUUUGGACUCAAUUAAAUAUUCAAACGUGUCAAGACAUAAGAGAAGGGAAGAGAGAGUUGAGGAGAUUAAGAAAUGAAGUAGAGAGAGAGCAAGAACUAGAAGAACAGCAUUAUUGUAAUAUUUUAUAAUUAAUUAGUCGACCAUAAUGUAAUUACAUAUCUUUUUGAUGAAGGUUAAACCACACCCACAUUAUCUAUAAUCAUAUUCAUUACCAGUCCAUAAAAGGUCACACCAUUAUGAUGUUAUAUUAUGUAAUAGAGACAGAGAAAGUAUAGGGAGUGUGAGCUGACAGCUGGAAAAUGAUGAAAAUAUUAAACACAAUAAUAAUAUGUGCUUGCUUAUUGACUGAUGCUACUUCUGAAAAGAGUUAUUAUACUGUGGAGGAAGCAGCUGCUAAAGCUUUCAAAGAGAAAAUAAGUUUAUUAAGAACCAACGAAGGAAAAAUAUACACAACAUAUAAAGAUGCCAUUCAUCCUGAGAUUAUGUUCGUAAGUGACAACAAAGACCCAACACUGAUCACUGAACUAUGGAUCACCUCCACUCCGUCCCACAUGAGUACCAAAGCACUCAUCAACCACUUCAGGUCUCUACCAGUUAAACCUGGUCUCCAUAUUGGUCGCAUAGCAACCAGUGCUUUCAGUAUGAUGGCUCAGCACAGGGCACUGAUGGAGCUAAUUGAAAACGGGUUUAAUGUUACCAGCUGGAGUGAACUACAGGUGCUGUAUGCUAACAAUAUACAGAACAAUAAUAAUGAGAAGACUAAGAAUAGAGAGGAUUUAUAAAUUAUUAAUAGUUUAAUAUUAUAUUACUCAUAUUACAGUAACAGUUUAAACUGGGCGUGUCUCUUGACAAACAAGAAGAAGGAAAUAUGGAUGAAGGAUGGCUGUUCUUAUUUCUUAUAGUUCUUAUAGCCAAUGGCUGCAUCAUCUAUUCACCUGGGAUCCUUAUACCCUACAUGAUUGUUACUAUAGCCAGUAUUCUUAUAUUUGUCUCCUAUUACUUUCCUCAAGCAUUUGACAUAGUCUAUGACUGCA